CUUGCUGAUCCUACUUUGUUUGUUUGAUGAGGUCUAAGGGUGCAAUAAAAGAGUGUCUAAUUCUGUGCUAAAUGCCAGCAAUAUUUCAAGUUCUUGAGUUGGCUAUGGCAACCAGCAAUGUAAAGCUUCUGGGAAGGAAUGGAUGCCCUUUUGUGAAUCGUGCUCAAAUGGCCCUUAACUUGAAGUCCAUCGACCAUGAAUUCAUCCAAGAGGACCCUUUCACGAAAAGUAAGCUUCUCCUCAAAGCAAAUCCUAUUGACAAGAAAGUCCCAGUUCUCUUCCAUGCUGAGACGCCUAUAUCUGAGUCUCUCCUCAUCGUGCAGUACAUCGAUGAAGCUUGGCCUAAUUGUCUCUCCAUCCUUCCUUCUGAUCCUUAUGAACGCGCCACUACCCGGUUUUGGGCAGCUUAUGUUGAUGAAAAGUGGUUUCCUUUAACAGCAGAGUAUAGGAAGGCACAGGGCGAAGAAGCAAAGGCAGCAGUGAGAGACAAAGUGAUUGAAGGGACAUUGCUACUAGAGGAAGCUUUCAUCAAGUGUAGCAAAGGCAAAUCUUUCUUUGGUGGAGAUAGAAUUGGUUACCUUGACAUUGUUCUUGGGAGCUUAUUGGGAUGGCUUAAAGUUGAAGAGAUUUUGACUUCAACAAAGAUAUUUGAUGAAACAAAGGUCCCCAAAUUAGUUGCAUGGACCAAAAGAUUCUGUGCGGACAAAGCAGUGAAGGAUUUCAUCCCGGUCUGAGAAACUUGCAGAAGGGUUCAAGAAGUUUGAGAUGCUAAAAGCUGCCUCAAACUCAAAUUAAGAGGUACUUAAAAUGUAGCAGUGUGUCAAAACUUGAUCCUACUGCUAUGAUUGUUCCUGAAUGUAAUAGCCAAUUCAAGAGGUUUUACUAGAAAUAAUUCAACAAAUUACUUUUAUGAAC